UAUAUAUACACACACACAUACCCUCCCUCCAGUAUCUACAUUUGUAAUAGCAGAUUAUUACAAUUGUGAGCCGAUAAUUUAUUAGAAAAUGAGUACCUAUACUCAAAACCCGCCACAUCAAGUUCCUGAUUAUCCACCAACUCAAGUCUCCGGGGGUGGCACCGGUUAUAUAGAUCCAACACCAUUAUCAGCACCACCUGUUGCAGUUGGUCAACCGGUGAAAGAUGACUAUGAACCAAGUGGCCAGAACCCUCCUCAUGGAACUCAGUCUAGGGGUGAUGGGUUCUGGAGAGGAUGUUGUGCUGGCAUGUGUUGCUGUUGCCUCUUGGAUAUAUGCUUCUAGGUAGUUGAAGAAGGAGGUGACAUCUAUAUGUAAUUACAUAAAUCGUACUGUUUUCCUGUAUAAAUUGUGUAAUGCACGCAUACUAAACUUUAUUGUUGAUUGUUUGAAUAUAUAAAUAAAAUCAUGUAACGAGAAAGUGAUUGUGUUUUAUCGCUA